UGACGUCAUUCAGCCCCCGCGGAAGUAGGUGACACUCUCAUUGGGUGCUGGAUGUCCGCCUGUGGGAGCGGGCCUUUUGGAGAAGGCCGGAAGUGGAAUUGCUGAGAGGUGAUCAGAAAUGGAAAGAAAAGUAAGCAGAAUCUGUCUUGCUUCCGAACCUGAUAUAAUUCAUUUUCUACAAGUUGCUUGGGAGAAAACACUAGGAUCUGGUUUUGUUAUUACACUUACUGAUGGGCAGUCAGCAUGGACUGGGACAGUUUGUGAAUCAAAUAUUUCCCAAGAAGCUGAUGACAUGGCAAUGGAAAAAGAGAAAUAUGUUGAUGAACUGAGAAAAGCAUUGGUGUCAGGAGCAGGACCAACUGACACAUACAAGUUUAAUUUUUCUAAAGAGUCUCAUCACUUCUCCUUUGAGAAAAACUUGAAAGAUGUUUCAUUCAGGCUUGGUUCCUUCAAACUAGAGAAAAUUGCAAGCCCAGCUGAGGUCAUUAGAGAACUUAUUUGUCACUGCCUGGACACCAUUGCAGAAAGCCAAGCCAAAAAUGAGCACCUGCAGAAAGAAAAUGAAAGGCUUCUGAGAGAUUGGAAUGAUGUUCAAGGACGGUUUGAAAAAUGUGUGAGUGCUAAGGAAGCUAUAGAGACUGAUCUUUAUAAACGGUUCAUUCUGGUGCUGAAUGAGAAGAAAGCAAAGAUCAGAAGCUUACAUAAAUUGUUAAAUGAAGUUCAAGAACUGGAAAAGAACAUCGAACAUAAAAUGGAAACUCCAACAUGUUCUGAAAUGACUACUGACAGAGAUGCAAUCUAUGAUGAAAGUACUGAUGAGGACAGUGAGAUCCCAUCUAAUCCUUCUGUGUUAACUCCAGCUACUGUAAGAAGAGAUGAUUCCAGUAUUUCAAGUCCUGAUAUCCCUGAUAUUGCACCAAGUAGAAAGAGGAGGCAACGGAUGCAAAAAAAUCUGGGGACAGAACCUAAAGUGGCCUCUCAGGAGCAACAGCUUCAAGAAAAGGAAAAUAGGGAAAAAAUAACCCAAAGUUUCCAAGGAAGAUCAAAGUUCAUUAAGCAACAUGUUCUACAAGAAGGGAUUCAUCAUAAUUUAGCCUCCCUAUUAACAGAAACUUUUUCAUCCAUUUGAUUGGGAGAUGUGUAUCCAAAUAAAAUUGUAAAAUAUUCAUCUGGAGGGGCUUCUGUACUAUUAGCAUAUCAUUCUGAUUUAUGUUGUAACCUACUUUUAUUUAUUUCCCAUAUAUUUGUAUCAUUAUUAUCCUUUUUAUUAUUUUAUCCUUUGUAAAGUUGUUGCCACUUUACAAAGCAAAGGAGGGACACAGCAAUAAAAGGUCUUUUUCUAGAUUACUCAGAGAUUUCAGAGCAUCAUCAAUUGUACUUUAUUGACCGAGGUCAAGGGACCACCUCUUUUUACUAUCCUUUUUGACUGUAACUACAGCUUAAUUAUACAAAACCAUAAUAAUUAAUAAUUCUAGCAGAAUUAAUUAAAAGAGAGAAAGAGGAUUUAACUAUUAAUAUUUUUAAAAUGUGUCCAAGGAAUUUCAAAGUAAUCUCUCAGGAUUGCAACAGUGAGAACUGAUUCUCAGGAUGAUCACAUGAAGGUGUUAAACUUUGAUCUGCAGACUCUAUUAAUUAGAUCAGAAAAGUAGGAUAUAUGUCACCAGUUUUCAGCUAACGUAUUUUUCAUUAGUGAUCAGUUAUCCAGGAAAAACUAAAAAAACUGUUAACCCUACCAAUUUUACCCCUGUAAAGUUCAGUGAAUUUUCUACUGAAGAUUGCAAAAUCUUAGUAGGUAGGAAGCAUGUGGUACUCAUCAAGAGUUGUUAUGAUACCUAUAUGCACUGAUGCAUAAUCAGUGCUUAUCUGUAUGUAUCAAUAAAUAUUCAUGAGGACCAAGAAGUAGGAAACUGAGUAAUUAUUAAAAAACCAUGAAAUUUAGCAUCACUUUAAAGUUUAUUUAAGGGGAAGGAGCUAAAAUGGCAGAGGAAUAGGACGGGGAGAACAAUUUCUCCCC